AUGGCAUCGGCAGCAGUCCAGCAACCCAGUGGGCAUUCCACUUCAUUCGAGCCUCUGACGACUCAAUUAAAAGGAGAUACAACAGCGUCUCAGGCCGAGAAGCACCAUGUUCGCACAACUUUGAACUAUUACAAAGACCCAGGUGACGGAAGUCCUCCUCCUCCUAGCUACGUCGGCAAGCCGGAGACUUAUGAAAGACCCUAUGAGCCAUUGGAAGUGACCGUCCGCGACAUCCGAGGAGAAGACGGCGAGUAUAACUUGGACAAGAACGGGUUUCAGAUCUUUCGUCACGAGAGCGUCGAGAAAGAUUUCGUCGAUGAUGAGCAGAUCAAGGCACGAUAUUAUCCUGAAACGGAACAGUUGUUGAAGGACGCGACGGGAGCUUCUCGUAUCUUCAUCUUUGACCAUACCAUUCGUCGAGCGCCGAACGACGAGAAGAGAGGAACACCCGCCGCGACGGUCAACCUCCGCGGACCCGUCACCCGGGUCCAUAUCGACCAGAGCUACAGCGCGGCCAAGAAUCGCGUUCCUCACCACCUACCUGAAGACGCGGACCGGUUGCUCACGACCCGCUACCAAAUCAUCAACGUUUGGAGGCCGAUCAAGAAGAUUCUGAAGGACCCCUUGGCUGUGGCGGAUGCGCAUACCGUCCCGGACUCGGACCUCGUGGGCGUCGGUCUCAUAUACCCUGACAGGAAGGGUGAGACGUACACUGUCCGACCGAACAGGGAGCACAAGUGGUAUUACCUCUACGGGCAGACGCCCGAGGAGACGUUGCUGAUCAAGUGCUUCGACUCCAAGUUGGAUGGGAGGGCGAGGAGGGUGCCACACCGCGUUUGUAAACCCGGAAACUGUAAACGAGAGCUCGCGUGA